GCUGGGGCGUCAUCGGGCUGGUUAGGAGCGCCGUCUUCGGCGGGGACACUCAGUCGCGUCGGCACCGCGGAGCGGGCUGCGUCAGGUGGCUGGCCCGGCGCGGCGCUCGCUCCCUCGCUCGCUGGCUCUCCGGCUCGGGGCUGCGGCGCCGGCUGGAGCGAACCCCUGUCCCGGCGCGGGGCGGCGGCGGCGGCGGCGGCGGCGGGCGGCCCGCAGGCAGGCAGGCAGGCACUGCCUUGCGUGUGAGUGCACCUCACUCACAUAGCCAAACCGAGGAGCGCCUGAGGGUAACAGCAAACUCGUGCCAUCGCGCCUCUGCACUUUUCUUUUUUGAGUUGUUUGACAUUUCUCGGUGCUUUUUGGUUUCUCGCUGUUGUUGGGUGCUUUUUGGUUUGUUCUCACCCCUUUUUUCGUUGGCUCAUCCUUUUUGGCGCUAACUCUUAGGCAGCCAGCCCAGCAGCCCGAAGCCCGGGCAGCCGCGCUCCGCGGCCCCGGGGCAGCGCAGCGGGGAUCGCAGCCGACUCCCCCCCGACACGGGGCGCACGGGGUCCGGCCAGGCCGAGGCCGGGGGCAAGCAGGGCGCCCGGGCCAGGCAAGAGCCGGGCACCCCGAAGUGGCCGAGCCACCAUGCUGAAGAUGGCCAUGAAGAUCAAAGCCCGAGCGGCGGAGAGCGAGAAGAAGACGGCGGCGGCUGCGGCCGAGGUGGCUGCCGAAGCUGCGGCGGCGGCUGCAGCGCUGGCCGAGCCGAGAGAGCCGCUCGCGCCACGGAAGAGCGGGGACGCCGAGAAGACCCCGAAGACGGCGCGGGAGGCGCCCCCCGAGAAGUUCCUGACCGAAAAGGAGCGGAGGAAGAUGGAGAAGAAGCUGCUGGAGCAGAGAAGAAAAGAGGAGAAGAAGAAGGAGAAGGAGAGGAAGAAGUUGGAGAAGAUGCAGAAGAAGAAGAAGAAGGCGCCCGAAGCCCGGGAGGAGGCCCGAGGCCCGGAGGCCGCCGCCGCUGCCGCCGCCGCCGCCGACGAGGGCGCCGCGGAGGGCGCCGGCGGGGGCGGCGAGGGCGCCGGCGGCGGGGGCACGAGUAGGGCCUGGGCCGCGUGGGACACGGACUCGGGCGACGAGGACGACGCCUACUACACGGCGCCGCGCGUGGGGGGCGUCGUGUGGCGGCCCGGGCCGCUGAAGGCUGGCGCGCUGAGCGCCCACCUGCCGCUCGUGGUCUUCCUGGUCUUCUCGGUCCGCAGCCCCUCGUGGGUGCUCAACUUCCUGCUGCAGAAGCGCACGGAGCAGGGCCGCGGCUGCGGCUUCGUGUUCGGGGCGACCUGCUGCUUCCGAGUGUUCCUGGGCUGCGCCUUCUUCUCCUACUUGGGCGGCCGCGCCAAGCGCAGAGGCCGCGGGCGCUCCGGGGCCAGCGGUGCCUUCGGCUCGGGCCAUGGCGCCCGGCGCCGGGGGCGCGACGAGCGGCUCAUCUAGUCAGACCCCCGCCCCCCGCCCCCCGCCACCGCCACCACCACCAGACACCACCAUCGCUGUGUAGUGUGGAUUUUUAUUAAGUAUUUGUGUGUGUGUUUGGACACAUUUUCCUUUUCGGUUGCUCUGUCCUUUGGUUCGUGCUCGCCUCGCUUUUUCCACACUCUCCCUGCUCUCUGGCUCUCUCUGUGUCUCUCUCUUCUUUUCGAAAAUUUUCCGAAGUCCGG